CAUGCCCUUAGUUGCGCAUGAGUAAUUAAGUCCUUCUUGACGACUCGGGAGUUUCCCGGAAUACUUUCCGUCGGGCCCGUUACCAGCGGUACCGUCAAUUAUAAGGAAACAGCUAAGACGUCUGUUCCUGAAACGCAGAAUUCAGUCAUCUUUAGACGAGGUAAGUUGCGAGUACUUUCAUAAGAGAAAGCCUCUAGGACCAUUCAGUGUUGUUUCAUCACGAGUUUUGAAGUGAAACCGUUAAUAGUUUGGCGUUUGAUGCCCUUUUAUGUAAGGAAAUGCUUCAAUAACAGACACAGGUCGAUACGGCAUGUUAAAGACAUUUCGCUUUCUUCGAAGUAGAAUUGCAUCGUUUGAUCUGAUCUCAUCUCCAGAGACUGAAACGACCUUCAGCCUUACGGUGUAAAACGCUGUAUAAAAAUCAUCAGCUUCAUUCAGUGUAGAAAUGCGUUUAAGCAAAUCACGAAGGUCAAACUUAAGAAUGGACUCGCACGAUUUCAGUUGUAAAAUUUUUAUGUCACAAAUAAGAUAAUAAAGUUUAAGAGUAUUUAUAUUUGCAGCAGGAAAGUUAGUAUUUUCACUAAAAUCCCGAUGUAUGUUUACGAUCCACUAAAGGCGGAAGUAAAGCGGAAGUUUCGGGGACUCAUUUGAUAAUUUCAGUUUCACUCAUGAAUGAAGGGUUCAGUUUCUAAAAAAAUUGCGGUAUUGAGCUGCAAAGAUUUGGUUCUGUCAACUGAGUUUAUAAGGUAGCUAUUAGUACUGACUAUCAUAGGGAGGUAAAGAAGCUGACUUUUCGGACGCAAGUCAAUUGCUGUGACGAAUAGCGAACAUGCUAAGAGCAAUAACAGUGAGCAGGGCAGAAAGAGGAAGACGGCGAAACGUUUGUGUCUGAAAAACAUGACAGGGCUAUUACUUGCAAUUUCUUUGAUGAUCUUCACUUAACCUUACUGUGCUCUGGUCUUCUACAAAACCAGAUCUGUUAAAAGCAGGGUGAAGUUUCGUGGAAGAGUUUUUUUAAACUUUGUCACGCUUGUCACACAAGUUUUGCGGUCUUCCCCCGCCCCCGUCCUUUUGCGUAAGUUCAUAACUAAGAAAAGGUUGUUUUACAUAUGUUAAGGUCUAUGGCACUUUACAGAUCUAAAACAUAACGCUAACUAUGUCAAACUCGGUAGCGCUGCAUGAUCCUGCAUUUUUGCUGGAAGGGUGUUUCGGCGCGAUGCUCUUCAAGGGCGAGGACGGUGAUACAUUGUCUCCAGAAUCGCUUAUAGCUUGUUACUUUGAAACAGCGGGUGGUGAGGAGGAUCUUUAUAUUGUUCUUAUGCGAAAAUAUUUCUAAUAUUUUUAAAGUAUGAAUGCGUUGCUGUCUCAAUUCUGAUAUUUAAAGCAUCAAUGCCGCGAUAAACUGUUCCCCUUUAAACUCAUCGGUUUUAGGAUCGUACGCACCAUGGCAGCUAUUCCAAUCUGCAUACCUAACAACUGUUCAUGGAAGGAGACUACCGGAACCUUCCAACGGGACAGGGAGCAACCUCGCACGAAGCUCCAGCUCGUAGACGAGGCACUACGAAAGCUAAGGGCCAUUCACGGGCCAGUAUGUGUGGUAUCAAUUGCAGGACCUUGCCGGAGGGGUAAAUCAUACAUUCUAAGCCAGGUGUUUGACCAAGGAGAUGUGUUUCCCUUGGGUCAUUCAUUUGAUCCCGAGACCAUGGGCAUUUGGAUGUGGGUUAUUCCUGAGAAGUACCGGGAUGAUUUCGGCCGUGAAUUCACAGUGGUGCUACUCGAUUCUGAGGGGAUUGAUGCUGUGAGUGCUGAAGGUAUCAAUGAUCACGCCAUUUUUACACUGAGCGUGCUUCUGAGCUCUGUAUUGAUCUACAAUUCUGUUGGUGUACCUACGAGAACAGAUUUGGAAGUUCUUGAGUAUCCUUGUAAUACCUCAAAAUCUACCAAUGAAUAAUUUAGGUUACAAGUCUAAUUUUGUAUUUGAUAUUCACUCAUGAUAAAGUAAGCAGGAUUAUGACGGUAAAAGCUCAUUUCGUCGUAUUCGAGAUGGUAGACAAAGCAAAACUAUCGCGAAGUCUCUUGCUAAUAGCGUCAAGAGAAGAAGAUUCAGCAACAGUAAACAUUUCUGUUUUUAUUCAACAGAGAAACAUUUCAUUUCACAAUGAUAUUUCCCAAAAGCCGUGAGAUUGAAAGUCUUGAAGUGAGGUAAUAGAAAAAUUAAAAAAUCGUGAGGCUCAUGGCAGAAUCGUAAGCUUGGACUACUUGGGGAGUCGAAGAGCAAUUGCUGAUCGCUUCAUCAUGUUUCUAUAUCGCCUGGACAAGUCAAAAAGCUUCAAAAUUUCAUAAACUUCUGUCUCAAAGUUGGUCAUAGUGCUAAUUGGAAACAUUCAAAGUUCACAUGAAGACUACUUGUAGUCCUAUCGAAGCUACAAACUACGAAAUUAAAGCUCUAGGCACAAUGCACGCUCAGCACUUCUUUAUCGAAAGGGACGUUUGGGAACGAUCGAUCUACGACAAUUGUCGUUUUGAUAUCGGGGAUUUUCGUGCGACCAAACGAAUCACGAAAGCCGUCUACAUCCGUGUGACACAUUUGCAUAUCGUAGUGCCCACAAUAACUCGUUCCUUAUUCACACUAGAGACGGAUUAUCCUUCCGGACUGGUUAUCCGUUAGAUAAUUCGCGUCAGACAGAUAAUACGUCUUAAUGUGAAAAUGGAACGGUCUUAAUUUUGGAUGGAGAAUCCGCCUGGCUUUAUCCAUCUGUUUUUCCGUCAAUUUUGACGGAUUUUGAAGACUGGAUUAUCCGUCUCUAGUGUGAAAACGGUCAUUCUCGCGUUUGUAUCACUUGCGGUCUCUUGAAGUAAGGAAAAGAAGAAAACAAAAACAACUACAUGAAAAUAAACAAAUAAACAGCAUUCAGAUGAAUGUUUUACCAGACAACGUUGUGUAAAGAGAACGUUAACUCGGUAUUUUGUCUCCAAAUUUAUCAAUAAAUCAGACAAAGAAGUCUAUUUUGGAGACUUUCGAGAGGUAAAUUACCAAGAAAAUAAAAUAUAGAAUAUAAUGAUCAAAUAAUUAGGCUUGGUAGAACCAACCUGAACCAAACUAUGGCUGGAAUGUUCGUGUUAAUUUGUUGAAAAAGGAAAGUACUGGUUUAAAUUGUAACAAUGUUUGAAAUCUCCUUGACACGCUAUAGCCAUAUAAUCAACAUUUGUCAGCGCAUCCAAGUCAUCGCAGGGCAAACAUUGGAUGAUGAGUCAUCAAGACAAGUGUUUCCAUCAUUUGUGUGGUUGCUGAGAGAUGUCGUGUUAAGUCUGCCCAAGGGUGUGGACAACCUAAGGGAAUAUUUCCUUGAAAAGGUAAAUACAUUAGGAACCAUAAAAAUGUACUGUACUAUAUUGAUAUCGCACGUUCAUAUUUCAGUUUCGUCGUUAGUAACGUUAAGGACAUGCACAGUUGUGAUUCGUGGAAAGGAAUUGAUAAACCAUAACAAUUAUCGUACUCUCGGCAAAUGGCCGACUUUUUGAAUGUCUUUUUUCCGUCUUUUGUUUCGUUGUUAUAAAUCCUGUUGUGAUUUCAAGACAUGCUGCGAAAAUAAACUACUCUACAUGCAGACUAGAGGCCGGGUCCCAGUUGCAGUUUCAUUUGAGCUGAGUUUAACAAACUUACUUUUUUCAAUUACGUUAACCCUGAAACUUGUUUACAAUAUUAAAAACCAAUGUGUUAUUUUUUUCCCUUAAAAUUUACUGCGUAUCUCCUCGACAGGUUUUUAAAGUCCGUGGUCGUCCAAGUGACAAAUCUCGAAAAGUGGUGGAUAACAUCCUCAAGUAUUUCCCAGACUUUGAUGCUUUUCCCCUUUCCCCACCAUCAGCAGAUGCUGAAGUCAUAAAAAAGUUAACUGAUGUGAGAGCACAGGGCGAGAUAAACUCGGCUUUUAAGGAGGGGGUUCAGAAUUUCAAGCAGAUGCUAUUGAAGAAGUUGGGUCCGAAAAAGAGAUAUGGUGGACCGGGACUUGUCACUGGCGAAGGUUAGUCAAAAGCUUGCUAUUUCAUCGGGGCAGCCUGAAAUCACAUGAUAAGAUCAUGCUUGGUUUUCGGUUUUGGGUACAGAUCUAAAGGCGUAGCCUUGGAUACUUUCCAGGUACCGCUAUGCGGAAAAUAAAGAACAAACAUCCUUCCCAAAACACCAUACGCACCGCUUAACAGCCUGAGAACGAAGCCAUAGGUAGGCAAAGUCUGGGCCAUGAUACAAGCCAAGUGGCCGGCCAAUCUGGCCAGAGGUUAUUCUAGUUCCCAUAGCAUGCAGCGUUGUGACGACUAAGAGCAUUGCUACUACUCCCUCUGGAUGAGUUACCCCCAGCAGCAUGUCGCCAGCACACCCUUUCUGAUACGCCCAGGUGGAGAGAGACACAAAGUGGAUCAGUGUUACUUGUGAGGAAACAACGUGACGGCAAGGCCUAAAACCGGACCCGGACCUCCGGAUCUGAAGUUCGUGGUGUUAACCACUCGUCUACUACGCCCCUCCGAGAAGGAGGCAGUACGGGCCACAAAAUGUCGCCUUCUGAAUGAAUAAUAUAAUCCCAGCUACUAAGCUUUCCUUUAACCGUUUGUUUAGUCCUUUCUACACGGUUAGCCUGAGUUGCCCGGGUAGAAAUUUGCCACAUUCAUGAGACCUUAAGAUGCACUGUUUCCGUGUACGGUAAAUUACCCUUUUUUGUAGCCAAAGAUACGGGUAGAUUGCCUGGUAUCCCGAAGAAACGGCGAUAGGCUAACGCGGGUAGAACGGUGAUGAAUGCUCACAUCUGGGAAAUCAUGGUUGCCUUUGUCUCUCAAAGAAUCGUUACUUGACGGUGUCUUCGAAUACUAGCAGAAUAAAACCAAUCAUAAGAAGGGACUUUUUCUCACAUAUCAAAAGCUUGCUUUACAGGGAUGUUGCAAACUAUUUUACUUACACUUAUGAUGUUUCUUCUCUUGGCUGUUUGUAGCCUUGGCAACUUUGUUCGAAGAGUACGUUCGCACGGUGAACUCCCCUGGAGCAGUACCUGUUGUCCAAAGUGCGUGGGAUACGUUUACGAAGACCAAGUGUAUCGAGACUCUCGAAAAUGCUAAAGCCGUUUACGAGUGAGUGAAUUAUACCUCAAACGUUUACGUAUAGUCACUGCUUCUUUAGGCGGUAUAAUAAUUGGACAGACUCGCCUUGUUCAGUCGUUCGUCUUUGUCGCGAGUAUCGCCUGCUUCACACCCCAUAGUUGUUUUAUGCGCCUGAUAUGCUGGCUUACAACACGAAUCGUCUUCACAAUUCAAUCAUACAGCUGCAAUAUCAAAGUGAAAAUAUUUAGGACACUAAAUUGAUUAAAGCCACCCUCCUUUUUGUGCCCUAGUAACUGCAGAGGCAUCAGUGAUGCACUAUAUAUAUCGUAGAAAAGCGUUGCCACUUGAUAUUCAGGCAGUCCGUUGUACAAUGUGAGAGGAAGGUAGUAAAGCCUCAUGUAAUGACACUGAUGGUGUGAUAUUGAGUUAGUAUCUGCAAGAAUACAGUCGAACAUCUACUCAUGGGGCCAACGCUCCACAACGGCCACCUUUUUUUGUCCCGGUGGACAGUCCAUACUUUGACUCUUGUUUAAACCUCUCUACAACGGCCACUUUCGUCUGUUCCCAAGGUGGCCGUUGUGGAGAUGAAUGACGCGUGACGCAGUAGAAAGCUCCCAGCAAAUGACAAGCAAACUCUUCCGUUGUUUUCUUGGUUUCAACUUUCAGUAGCGGAAUGUCGGAAUUCAUACAACGAACGGGCCUUCCUUGUGACGACAGAAAAAUUCGCCAACAUCACGAGGAUCAUUUGCUUGAAGCAUUGUCCUUCUUCGAAAGUUACACGGAGGACAUCGAUGUUACUGCAAGAUGGAUUUACAUAGAAGAAUUGGCGGUAUGCUUACACUUCUUGAGUCUUUCAUGUAGAUGAACAAACCUGUUUAUUACAUACUUAUUGCUAACCCAGUUAAUCAUAACUGUUACAAAAUUCUCUAACUUUAUUGGCUAUCAGUAGCUAAGCUUUAGCCCUGAUUUCGACAUCAAUAGGGCAAUGUAUGCGUCCCGGGGUGCGCGUCAUGUCUAAGCAAAUGGACAGCACUCUUGUUUGUCCAAGUCGGUCUGUAAUCAUACUUGUGAUGCCCUCCAGUCAGAUCUAUAAUCUUACUCGUGAUACUCGUUUUUUUCCCCUAAGAUUCGGAGGGGACAGAAGAUAAAUUAUUGUUGCAGAAAAUAUCUAGAAAUCUUAACUUUUCAUCGAUAAGAUUCCUCACUCAAUCCUAUUACCAUUAUUAACAGAAAUAGCGUUAGUGGAAAUGGUACUUCUGUAGCGCUAGUGACAAGUGGUAAAAUUACACCGGAGACAACGCGACUGUUCUUAGAAGAAUGCUCACAUGUAAGGUGACCACUAAACUACUCGGAGCUUCUCUGUCAAGCAAACCGCUUGGUGAAGAUUUCUGGUGGAGAAACAUAUACACGGCUGAUUUAAUUCUCUGUUUUUUUGUCUAGAACCACGCAGACCAAGCAGAGAGUGCAUUUUUACGACAGAACAACUCUAAAACGGAGGAGGAGUGCGACAAUUUGAUGAAAACUCUACGUUCUCUGUGGCUAGAGCCUGUAUUGAAGGAUCUCCAAGAUCGUGAUAACAAUGACUUCAUGAUGUUAGAGUCGCGUCUGAGAUCAGCGUAUAUCAAACUUGACAGUGACUUCAGGAAAGAGACGCCGGGACCAAAAUCUCUGUGCUCCAACUUGGCUUACUUGUAUGACCUGGUAGGUUUAGUACUGACUAGAAAUACGUUAUCGCAAAAACCGCGCGAAGCUGUAAAGGCUCAGCAGCGAGAGUAAGGGGAACCAAGCCAAAGGGAACUGAAAAUAUGAUAAAAAAGAAAAGUAAACGGAUAAAAAAUGUACAAAGAAAACGAAAAUAGUUACGUCGAGAUUCGCCAUGACUACCUCCAGUCCUGCGCGAGAAGUCAGCUUCCAGACCUCUGGGGCACGCUGCCACUGGACAAUUCACAUUGUAAUAUUAAUACAAUUAUUAAUUGAAGCAUACUUGUGAUGCUCUACUUAUCAUGAAUUCAUCAAAGAUAGAUUUGAGGAACAUUAGCUUAAACGAGUACAGUUUCAAAGCAACUUCGCAUUAUUUCCGUGUUUAUUCACUCUCGGGCUUAACGGCCGAUCGAUCAGUACGCGCUCGUCUUCUUCUUCGUUGCUCGCGCUGGAUUUCAAGUUGCCGUUCUCGCUGCAUUGGAGUUUCGAUGGUAAAUCUACCCUGGCGAGGAUUUCCAGCCUGAUAAAUUGGUCGCGAUUCGCCAAUCGAAACGUUGUUUGACAGACGAUGAAUAAAGACGUCAGCCCGUUUUGUUCACGAAUAAAACAUGAUAGUGCUCACAGCAUUUGCUAUCAUUCGCACUUAAAGUCGUGUUGUUUGGCAACCUUAAAAUGCACCUUGACGUCGGAUGUCAACUGCGGACACCCAAGAGAUAUAUAGAAAUAUUGCCAACUCGAGUUUCUGCCUUGCUGUUUUAAAUUCGCUAGGUGAAGGCGCCAGAAAUGAUCCAUUGUUGUCACUGCCCGGGUCAUAUGGCUGUGCGCAUACGUAAGGUACUGGCCAUAUUGCAAAAUUUGUAGUGUGUGCUCCCUUGCUGAAUUUGCUCUUGUUUACUAAUUUUGGACACACCGAUUUGUUCCUAUCUUCUUCCUGAUCCUAUCUUCAUACGCUUGCUGAGAACUGUGUCGUGGUUCCCACUCAAGAGUUACCGAUUUCUGCGGACACUGAAUGUUAUAAUUGUUAACGAAAGUGUAGGGCCAUCCCAGCAACCUUGCCCCACCAGGAUUUAAACGAAAGGAUCAUGUCCUUAACUAUUACCUUUAAAAUAGGCGGAGAAGAAGUAAACAGUGAAAACAAAAGAGUGCAAAGUCCAUUUGACUUGCAUUGGUGAAUUCAAGCGUUACACCUUCAAAACAACUGGCUUUCACCACCCCAGAACUGGCAGGCCGCCAUGGAUUACUGUUUCAUCCUUGUUAGGAUGCUAGAAUCAAAACAAUAAAAUUAUGAAUAGACACUGAUAUAGACCACAGACUAUAAACAAUGACUUUUUUAAAAUUGCGUCACGACUGCCAUUUUUCCAAUGUACGUCUGAAUUAAAAUCCCUUCUCAGACGUCUUCCUUUUCUACCCUCAGCAACACAGCGAGGAGAUGAAGGAACAUCUUAAUCAACUAAAUCAGAGAAGGGAAUAUUAUGAAGAGAUUGCUACAGAGAGGGCAAUAAAAGAAGCGGAGGCCGAGGAAGCGGAGAGGAUCAGAGUAAGUGUCAUUAUCGGUGUUCGGUAUUUCUUUUUUCAGAGAAUGUACAAAGAAGGCGAUACACGCAAGAGCGCGAAAAGUGACCUCUGGUGCGGGAGAAACGAAGAAAUUUUGUGCGCUCACAAUGCGCGCGUACAAUUUGCGCGCCAAGGAUCAGUGAACCGGAACUGGAAAAAGUUGUUUAACAAUGAAAGUGGCUCAGUGAUUUCAAUUACAGGCGAGUUAGCGCCAUCUAAUUCCUUCGACAACAUCAAUCAACCGAAUAUUACUUUUAUGAGAUUUCUCCGCAUUUUAUUCAUGAGAUAAAGACAAAAGGCUAUGACGUCAUUGACGUAAACGAAUUUAAUAAUGAUGAUGAUAAUAAUAAUAAUAAUAAUAAUAAUAAUAAUAAUAAUAAUGAAUUUCCUAGGUUAAUUCGGUGCGCCCUACACAAUUUUUUCUCUGCAAACUUUGCCUUGUGCUGAAGCUCAGAGUUCAACACUCUUGACGUAUUCUUCUUAGAAUUUUCUCUUAGUAAAUAUAGAGAAAGAAACUUUCCGCUUCCCGUUUUAUGCUUUCUUUAGAAGUUUGACUUGGUGAUUUACAUGUAGCAUUGCGAAUUUACAAAAUAAGACAAACAAAUGCAAUUUCAGAAGAGACAAAAGAUUAAUUCAACUUUAUGCCUACUGGUGUUUGAGUUGUCCUAAACGCCAAUUUGUUGCUCUAGGCUGUAAAAUCAAUUUCUUGUUGUAAAUAAGAAUAAAAAUCACAUAAUUUACUUCAGAGCACUUAACUAACAAGUAUCCUGAAUACGUGUUCAAAUUUCUUGUUAGAAUGACAACGCUCGCUUACAAGCUAGCAAAGAAGAUAUGGACCGCAUGGUAAGUACUAGCAAUCUUCCUCUGGCCCCUUCAUAAUGCUUCCGUCUGUUGUUGCUCAUCAUGCCGGACAGAUAGGGUUUGCGCGUUAAAUAAUUCAUAUAAAUAAAAUGAAUAUGAACACUACAUGACCCUGAAAUAUUGGCGGGAUCCUAUUGGUAUCUACCCUCUUGACCACCUUACUCUUAGGAAUUCUUGGUCGGGGUAUGUCGCCCGGUUCCUCAAUCCUGACCCUGACUCAGACCAUAAAAUGUCAUUGUCCAAACCCAUUUUCAGACUUACCCUCUACAAUUCAUACCCGUUUUCAGAUCUGGGUUCUGAAAGUGAUACUUGGUUUGGUAGCCCAUUACCUUGUCAUAGAAAAGUCAAAAUACGAACCCCUCGUUAACUGUAAAUGCCACAACCCCGGCCUUUGAACGAUUGAGGCACGUAUCUGGUUCUCAAGGAGGUAUAGUUAGUAAAAUGUCAUUUUUUUAGAUGGCUGAUUUGGAAGAAAAACAUGUGGAAGAAGAGAGAAGGCUGAAAGAACUUAUGGAAGAGAAAAUGCGAUUACAAAGAGAGGAAGCAGAGGCAGCGAUUGCUGCCGCGAGAGAGCGGUCUGCAGCUGAGAAACGACGACACCUGCGACAGCAAAGAGAUCUUCAAGCUCAGAUAGAUCAGGCUAAAGAAAGACAAGCGGAACAACAACGAGCCAUAAAUGAUCUACGACAAAAGUUGAGAAGAAUGUAACUACGUUCUUUCCUCCUCGUUUUUUGUAAGAUGGCCUCCUCUAAAGAACGUCGUAGCUGCGACCUGUCAAAACCUUUACAACACUAUGAACGGGUCUUUUAAAAGUCGAGACUAGAGGCAUCGAGCUAUAAACACGAAAUAACAAAAACACUUGAAGUGCUCUUCAAGAGCUCCAUGAUUAUUGUCGUGUGGGGCAGUGCCCACGGAAUUUCUUAUAUUUGAACCAGAUAAAGGGCGAUCCUUUUCUUAAAACGCCGCUUCUGGCAAAUAUUUCCUAAAUUUCUCAAAGAGGUCGCCGUAAAAAGUAACAACAUGUAGUUACCAUUCUAAAAAUGGCUUUCCUUUGAAAAGAGCGAAUGCAUAUAGCUCACCCCGAUCUUAAAAUCGCGCUUAUUUAAAAAUGACAUUGUUUUGACAAGUGUUAUUCAGUGUCAAGUGCUACUCCGCAAACACACUUGAUGAAAAGAUUCUGCAGGCCAAAAAAGGUAGUUCGGGGAUAACCCAGGGGAUUACCCGGAUGGAAGUAGAUCGUUCCUCUUCAAAUCGGCGAAAAAGUUUGCAGAUUAGAGAGACGUUGGUUAAUUCUGUUAUAAGAACGUUGAAAGCUAAAAACACAGAAGAUUUA